AUGGCUGACUCAGAUUCUGAAGAAGACUAUUCACCAUCUGAUGAAGAUGAUCCGUCGCUCAGUGAGACAGAAAAUGACGCUGUGUCCGUCCUUACGAACAGCGUGUCCGUGCAGCAUGACAGCCAACAAGCUGCACACACUCGAGCCAAUGCUUGGCUUGACUGUGCGCUGAGAGUCUGCUGGGGGGCUGUUGAGCAAGUGAGGGCUUAUUACGUUGACUGGAGGAUGCUGAGAGAUGUCAAAAGAAGAAAGAUGGCCUUUGACUAUGCUGACGAGCGGCUACGGAUCAACUCCCUGAGGAAGAACACCAUCCUGCCUAAAGAGCUUCAGGAGAUGGCAGAUAAAGAAAUUGCUGCGUUACCGCGAGACUCGUGUCCUGUGAGGAUACGUAACAGGUGUGUGAUGACCUCACGGCCGAGGGGAGUGAAACGCAGGUGGCGACUCAGCCGCAUAGUCUUCCGUCACCUGGCCGACCACAACCAAAUGUCCGGUGUCCUGAGGGCCAGGUGGUAA